ACGGGGAACUAAAAUAACAGUGAAGCAGGCCUCCCAUUUGCUAACGAAACGGACUCCGGUCUCCGGCACACUCCAACGCCUGCCGUCGGCACUACCCAUUCAGCCGGCAGCCGCCAUUCUGCGACUCAUCCGGCAGCCGCCCCGCGAUUCAGCCAGCGACUCAGCCUCCUCUUCUUUGUCGAGGUGGGAAGUGGUUUGAGAUUUUGCAGGCAGGAUGGAGGGGAAAGGGGAUGGAGUGAGGGAGGAGCGGGUGGUGGAGGCGAGAGCGAGGAACAUCAGCCACAACGUUAGAUGCACUGAGUGUGGCAGUCAAUCCAUUGAAGAUUCUCAAGCCGACAUUGCAAUCCUCCUCAGGAAGUUAAUUCGAGAUGAGAUCCGUGCUGGAAAAAGCGAUAAAGAAAUCUUCAAAAAACUUGAGGACGAUUUCGGCGAGACGGUACUCUAUGAGCCAAAGUUUGAUCUGCAGACAGCGGCGUUGUGGCUAUCUCCGCUUUUGACUGCAGGGGCUGUUGGAGGGGCAUGGGUUUUCCAAAGACACAGAAGGAAGACUAAUGUACACAUCAUGGCUUUGAAUCUCAUCAGAGGGGUCCCGUUAACGCCGAAGGAGAGAGAGACAAUGCUUAAGGUCCUCACUCCUCCCCCUUCUCACCAUUCUCCCAUGCAUUGGUGGCGGAGAUUGCUCCGACAGUGAAACAACAAACAUGGGUCUGAAAUCUGUUGUCAUUUGGUCCAUUUGGGAUCUAAUGUAUGAGCUUUAUUUGGCUGACAUUUGGGGGUAUACCUAAAUGAAUUACUCCCUUAGUGUCAAAGAAAGAAACUUUUUGUGUGUAGUUAAUAAUGUUUUUGAAUUGUGAGUCCCUAAUGCUUUGAGACAACAAGAUUUGGACACCAUCUUAUGAGCCUAAUUAUAGUAUUGGACUGGUUGGAGUAAGAUGGGAUGCAAACCUAAAAGAGAAGAAGGCAGCUACUGGCCAACCUGCUGCCACUUGCUACACUAUUUAGAAACUGAGAAAUAAGAAGAUUCAUAAAAUUGGAGUGAACUGUGAAGCUGUCAUUAAGCACAUUCUAUUCUGUGUUAAAUCCUAUUGUGAAUUUAAGUUGUGGUAGAUGUUGGUCUUUGAUAUUUCUCCCCCUUCUGUUGUAAAAAAAACUUUCUCGCUUG